GCUUAGGCUCAGUUUCAACGUGGGUAGUUAUGUGGUGAUUUGCCUCCAGUGAUAUUUUGGGAGGCAGAAUUUUACAAUACUGAGGCGCGAGGAUGGCGCUACCGCUGAAUUUGUUCUUAGUUUGGACAUUUUUUUGUUUAUUCUUUGAAUCAUCUGUUGGUGUCACAAUUCGAGAAAUCGAUGGAGAAAAGGCUAUUGAGUUACCAAUCCACAGGGCCAAACACCCUGCCCAGUCUCUUCUUGAAUUCGUCGGAUCAAAAGGUCUUCUCAAAAAUGGAACGGCUCAUCAAAAUUCGCAUCUUCAGGACAUUUUUAAAAAACUGAAAAUGGCUCCUGCUCCUGUCAAGAACGAAACCCUCGCCAUUUUCAAAAGAUUUGACUCGGAUUUCUAUGCUCUCAUCAGAAUUGGGAAACCAGCAAAUCUGACUUACAAGUUCGUCAUCGAUACGUCGUGGGCGGAUACUUGGGUAGUCUCAAACAACUGUAAAGAAUGGACCUGCGAUAAUAAAGACAAGUAUAACGCAAAAAGAUCUAACACAUCUCAUCCAGAUGGACGUAAUUUUUAUCUCGAUCUCGGCCAAGGCACGUUUGGCGGUAAUUUGACUGGAAUUUUAGCCAUCGACACUUUCAAGUUUGCUCAUAUGAAUGCAACAAACGUGACUUUCGCGGAGGUCAGCAACAUACCUUGGUUCAUGUAUUUUACUCGCUAUGAUGGAAUUUUGGGAAUGUCAAGGGGCACGGAAAAUUUGCAAGGAGCUCCGCUGAUCUGGCGAGAGCUUGUACGUCAGAAUAAAAUAAAAAGAAACAUGUUCAGUCUAUAUUUAAACAGGGACCCAACGAGCGAUCGGGCUGGAUCCAUAUUGAUAGGAGCUGCAGAUCCACAUCACUAUAAUGGGUCAGCGUCAGCGAAAGUUCCACUUACUGGUGACAAAUACUGGCAAUUUGACAUCAAAGACCUGGGCUUCACGUACGUCAAGAACAAGAAAAAGAAGAGGAAACCAGUGUUAGAGUUUUGCAAAGAUUCCUGUCUUGCUAAAUUAGCUUCUGGUGGGAACAUCAUAAUUGGCCCUACCGCGGCAAUCAAUCAGAUACAUCAGCUUAUUGGGGCACAACCGUUCUUUUUCGGAUUUUACCGUGUGCCGUGCGAGAACAUCGCAAAACUUCCAGAACUUUAUUUUUCUUUUGGGAAUAAAGAUAUUGUCCUCUACGGGGAACAAUAUAUUCAGCAGAUUUUUUACAAUGGCUAUGUUUUGUGCCUAUCAACUUUCGCACCACAGGAUGGGAAAGAAUGGAUUUUCGGCAUUCCUUUGCUCUCAAAAUAUUAUACAAUUUACGAUUUCGAUCAAAACACAAUUUCAAUAACAGAUUAUAAAACGCAUGAGGCCUAGAAUGCAUCCGCGUCAUAAAAUGGUUGAUACUUUCAAUGAUAAAUUUAUAUUUUUCGCAGCCCAUAAGAAGGAAGGAAUAAAAUGUUUUUAAAUACA